UAGAAGACGAUGCCACCUCGCAAGCGCAAACUUGAGGAGUUGAAGAAUGAACAAGGAGAGCAGGGGUCAUACAAAUGCCAUCUUUGUGGACAGUGCUUCUACCGUGGAUGUGGAUUAGCAAGUCACCUGCGACGACACGCACCAGUCACAUUUGACUGUGAGCAUUGUGCUUACACGUGUAAGCACAAAUAUGCGUAUGAUCGUCAUCUGUUGCAAUCGCAUCCUGAGCUCGUGGAAUCUGGCCCACUAGUUCGAAUGUUUAAGAAUGAAGAUGAAGAUGCUCCAAUGCCGAUUCUCGAGCGAGAAGCAGAUGUAUCCGAUGAUGCCGUCAAGUAUGAGGCACUCUCUUCUUUCUCGGAACCUGAACCAAUCAGCUACAAAUGUCCAUUGUGUAUAUCCACGUUUGGCAGUCACGCUAGAGCAGUCUACCAUAUUUUGUCACACCGUGUCAAGUUGUAUCAAGCACCGAAAAGCCUGAAAUUCUUCUCGAGGAAAACAAUGCAAGCUCUUGGAGGAUUUCGUUUAGAGUCGCAACUGAUGAUCAAAUGGAGAUUACAAUACGAUAAUCGAAGUGUGGACGAGAAGCGAACACGGUUAUGGCGGUAUAUGGAAGAAAAUUUUGGACAUGAACAUCUGAAGCAACCAAAGCUGGAAAGUGAUAAUCCUUCGACAAGUAGCUCUUUUGAAUCACAAACAAACUUGAACGAUUCUUCGAUAAUCAAAAAGAAACUUGUGAUGAAGUGUGGUACUGUUUUCGGUCAAAGACUCAUUCACGACAACACCCAAUAUUAUUUGUGCCGCAAUUGCCCAUACGUUUCGUGGAAUGUUUCUUCACUGUGGCGACAUUUCCGUCAUCAUAUUCAAAAAUCGAAACAAUCUUGGACGUGUAUCGCAUGCUCAUACAGCUCAUCGAGCCGGGUGAAAAUUGAUCUACAUGUGAAAAUGCAUAAGGAAAUGCCGGAAAUUGAUUUGGAGUUUGCAACUUGGCUUCGCUAUGAACGAAGAAUCAACAAGAACGACUUGAAUAAACCGACUAACAAAAAAAAGAAACCCGAUGGAGGAAACGGUUCAAAUCACAGUGAUAUGAGAAGUCUUCACGCAUUUCUUAGUCUUAAAAAUUCUAAGAACAAUGUUGUCAAACACGAUAUCGAUGCUCCAACUUUGCACCCAUUAUCCCCAGCGCCCAAGCUGGUCGCGAUGACUCAAUUUGACUUCGGAGAAAUUGUCACUUACAAAAGCGUCAAUCCGCUGCACCAAAUCAACAAGAACAAUAGCAAUCCGACGGUCCUGCCGAACAAGCGAAAUAGCAUUAAAACCAGUAAAAGUGAUACUCAAAUCGCGCUCAGCGUUAAGCAGUCUAGUAGUAUGAAGAUGGUGAAAGUUUCUCCUGGAAAAGUUUAUCAGCUUCCUAAGACGUCCAAAUUUUACCGACCUGAAUCACCUGACUCAUUAGCAUCAAAUAAUUCUGCUCACGGAGACGAGAUUGAGUCAACGUCUUCAGAUCAAUUCCAACAAUCCGUGAAAGUUCCAAAGUACGAAGACUUUUUGAACAUGAAGCCAGUUAUGCCAUAUUUCCAAAAACAACGACAUCCACUGGAAGCGAUUGCUAUGUACGAAAAGGCAAAAAGGGAAUACGAAAAGAAUCACUGUUUCCCGAAUCUUCCAAUUUUCGAAUUCAACAUUGAGUACAAGAACUUGCAUCCACUCGCCAAGGCACAGUAUGGGAAAAACAAUAUGAAAGAGUAUUUUUUGAAUGAAAUGGAAGUAGAGAAAUCUCGCGAAUGCACUGACUGCCCAUUCAAACACAACGAUCUGCAGCAGUUCCGUCUCCACCGUGACAAGCAUUUCUACGGUGGAUCACACACCUGUCCGGAGUGCAACUAUUCAUCGAACAACCAUAAUCAAGUGGUCGAGCACACGUUUGUGGAUCACUAUUUGAGCGAUGUGAGAUUGGUUGAAGGGCUUCCGUCUUCGGAUUCGGAGGACGAUAAUAUUCCGGUACCUCCUGAUACUCCGCAGCGGAAGAAAAAAGCGCCGAAGCGUGGCAAACGUCGUGGCUGGUAAAGAUUAUAUUUUAUUAAAUUUUAUCAAGUUUUUUUAAAGGUAAUGUUUAAAUUUAUUUUAAAUUUAAAUUUAUUUUUGUUUCUUUUUUUUUCAAUUAAUUGUUUUUAAGUUUUUCAAUGUUAGGUUUGUCGUUUAAUUUUUUUCAAAUUUCUAAUAAUAUUCCCUUCCCUUCCCAUCCCCGCUCAAAUAGCUGCCUCAUAGUUUAGUAAAUUUCUAAAUAAUAUUAUUUCAAUACCAUCACAUAUUGUCAGCGCUUUCUGUCAUUUUUUUAAUUUUCAUUCAUCCUGGUACCUCACUUUUGGCACGUGUCCAACAACCACCCUGACAUCAACCCACCCGGACUUUCUCGACUAGGUUUUUUUGAAAUUCUUCCCCCAUUUUAUUUUCUUUGACCAUUUUAUGUUUGUGUUUUGAAUGAAAUGUGUUUUCGAAUUUUUAAAAU